AUGGACAUGUAUGAUGGGACUAGAGAUCCUCUUGAACACCUAGAAAUCUUCAGAGUUGACAUGACUCUGCAUGGUUUCUCGGGAGAAAUGGCCUGCAGGGCUUUCCCGCUGACCUUGAGGGGGCUAGCGAGAGUAUGGCUUGGGUUUUUGGCACUUGGGUCCAUAGAUGGCUUUGGGAAACUGGCCCGCCUAUUUCUCACACAAUUUAUGGCAAGCCAAAUAAGGAGAUGGCUCGAGGCAUACCUCUUCACCAUCAAGCAGGGGGAAAACGAGAGUCUGAAGACAUACCUAUCUAGGUUCAACAAAGAACAAAUGACUAUAGAAGACCAGGACGAGAAGAUAACUUUGGUGAAGCUCUUGGGAGGAGUGUGGCCCCAAUCCCAGUUCAAGGCAGAAUUGGCAAAGAGAACUCCCACCACGCUGCGAUAA